UCCACACGGUGUACUAUAGACAACGGACUAUAGGUUGGUGGACAAGGACCGUUGCGACUGGCAGGAUCGCAGGAGUAGUAGAGUGUAUUCCUUGGGAGAAGAGAUGGAAGAGAAGAGGGACGUUGCAGACAGAAUCUUCCCAGUUCGAGAACGGUCAGCUAGGGAGAACGGAGCUGAAGCCCAGCAGGCGGCAACAUGAAAUGAGGAGGAGAGAGAAAGACGAACGGCGUGCUUGACUCUCGGCAAGCGAGACGAGAACAGAGUCCUGUAUGAGGAGCUGGAACUGCGAGACCAGAUGUUCUCGGAGUUCAGAGAGAAGAGGGAGAGGGAGAUUGCCGAGCUGGCGGCCAUCAAGAGUGACCUGGAGCUGAGGCUGCAGAGGGCAGGGGAGGAGGGAGAUCAGGGAGACACUCCUGGUGGCCAUCUUGUCGGAGGAGGGGUGGAGUCUCCGGGUGAUUUACGGUUCGUUGGCUCGGGGUUUCCCCAGCUGAAUGCCCGGGAGGUGGUGGAGGCUCUGGGGAAGUGGGAGGGGAUGGAGGACACCAUU